AUGUCCGCCGAAGAACAAGUCCAGCUGGAGAACUUCUCCUCCAUCUUCUCCCUCGAGGGCAAAGUCGCCGUCGUCACCGGUGGCUCGCGUGGUCUCGGUCUCCACGCCGCGAGCGGCCUACUCCAAGCCGGCUGCUCAAAAGUCUACAUAACAUCCCGCAAAGCCUCCGCCUGCGACGAAGCCGUCGCGGCCCUAAACGCCCUCCCAAAUCUCCGCCCAGGCGCCCGCGCAAUCUCCGUCCCCGCAGACUCGUCGCGCGUCUCCGAGAUCGAGCGCCUCGUCGCCGAAGUCUCCAAGACAACCUCGCACGUCGACAUCCUCUUCGCCAACGCCGGCGCAACUUGGGGCGAGAAGUUUGAGAAGUUCCCGGAGUCCGCAUUUGACAAGGUCCUUGAUCUGAAUGUCAAGAGUGUGUUCUUUACGGUCCAGAAGUUCUUCCCGCUGCUUAGCGCCAAGGCGAGUGUUGAUGAGCCUUCGCGGGUGAUUAUUACUGGCUCCGUUGCGGGGAUUACGCUCGGUUCCCUCGGGAAUAAUGCGAGCUUUAGCUACAGCGCCUCGAAGGCGGCCGUCCUGCACUUGACGAGGAAUCUGGCUGUCGAGUUGGGGCCGAAGCAUGUCCUUGUGAAUGCGGUUGCGCCGGGGCUGUACCCGAGUAAGAUGGCGAACGGGCUCAUUGAGAUCCAAGGCGGGCUGAAGGAAUUGACGGAGGCGAGCCCGAAUAAGAGGCUGGGGAAGCCGGAGGAUAUUGCGGGGCUUGUCGUCUUUUUAUCGAGUCGGGCGGCGAGCCAUCUUAACGGAAGUGUUAUCACGACUGAUGGGGGAGCUCAUCUGAAAGGGAGAAUGUGA